AUGAAUGGUAGCGAUACAAUUCCUGUAGGUGGUAGUGGUGGUACUUCCAACAACAAUACUCAUUUAGGUAAUAUAGAAGAAGAACAAUCUAUACGUGAGGAUAUACCAGCAUUCUUGGCACGUGUAGUAUCUGAAAAAUCUAUCGUUUACAGCCAAUUCCAGUCUUUCACAUUUGACAUUUGUCUCGACAACAAUGCAUAUACUUCAUACGAGCAUAUCAAUGAAAGAAACUCUAAACUAUUAUUUAUACACGAUGGGAUUGGUCCAGACACUUCUUCCUCUUCUUUGCUGACCUCAUCAUCCAACUCGACCAGAUCCAUUAGUUCAUAG